GGAUUUCUUUGUGUUUCUGAUUAUAAUAAACAAAUAUUUGGAACUGACUUCAAAACGAUGAGAAAGGGAUGCACUUUUAUACUGACAUUUCUCGUACUGUGUUUAAUUUGUGAAUACUUCAAAUGAGACUAUUUUCUAAACUGGCUUAUAGUUCGCAACAUGCUCACUACUGGUAACAGAAUGAUAAAUUAUAUUGUCUGGAUGUGUUGUUGUUUUUGAAAGUCAAAUAAUUCGAUCAAACCUAUAAACGGGUAAAUCAUCACUGACGGGUAUAUUGUGAUUAUUGUAGCAGUGAAAACAAACAUGCGUAGAAUAAUCCUUAUUGACAAUAAUAGUGCUGACAUGUAACACGGACUAAAGUAUACAGAAUUUCAGGUUUUUAUGACAGAUACAGUAUCGGUACGUUUGUUAAAACAUGUCGGACAUCCUAGUAGUACUGCCGCCGUUAACGACCGAUAACUGUGUUCUUUUUGCAAAAAACUCCGACCGACCACCGACAGAAGUUCAAGAAGUCGUUUACUAUCCGUCGGCGGAUCAUGCAACGGGAUCAAAACUUCACUGUACUUUUAUUGAAAUCGACCAGGUGAGCCAUACACAUGCGAUAGUACUGAGUAAGCCCGCCUGGUGCUGGGGCGCCGAGAUGGGAGCAAAUGAGCAUGGUGUUUGUAUCGGUAACACCGCCGUAUGGACAAAAUUAUGCCACCCUGGUGACCAUGAGGAGAAACUUAUUGGCUGUGAUUUUGUCAGGCUAGGCCUAGAAAGGGCAAAAACAGCAAGGGAAGGUGUUGAUGUUAUAACUAAACUACUGUCUGAGCAUGGACAAGGAGGUAUAUGCACUGAGGACCAUAAUUUUGGGCAAUGGACCUACCACAAUGCCUUUGUAUUAGCAGACGAAAAGGAAGCAUGGCUACUUGAAACUGCGGGAAAGUUUUGGGCAGCGAAACAAGUAAAAUCCGGAACUCUUGUAACUACAAGUACAUUGACAAUUGGAGAUGAUGCGGAAAUGACGUCAGAAAAUCUUAUUGCGCAGGCGCAGUCAGGUGGUUUCUGGAAGUCAGAAGAUGGUCCAAUCAACUUUUCCAAAGCUUUCUCUGCGGAGUAUCCUGGUAUUUCCCUAUCUGACAAACAGAUGCCAGACCAUAGGUUACAGUGUGUUAAAAGCGGGCUUCAGACGGGGAGUAGUGAAGGUAAGAUAGAUAUAAACACCAUCCUCGGCAUUCUUCGGGACGAAGCAAGCAGCAUUAACUUUGUUGGAGAGCUUCUAACAGUCGGAAGCCAAGUGUCUGUGAUUUCCGCGCCAACUUCCGGGCAGCCAUCUUGUCAUUGGUUUACUGCAACUCCAAAUACUAAAUAUUCCGUUUUCAAGCCUUUCAUUUUCUGUGACAGUGCUACAGCUGGAAACUGGACAGUUUCUCCGUCGUCAGGCGAAGCUACCAGAGCAACGUUUCAAACGUCUAUUGAUCGUAGACAUCCGCUUUACAAGGCGCAUGAAAAGGGGAGACAACUAAUGGAAACCGGAAGUCCAGCUGGGGAGAAAUUGCACACGACAAUGCAGAACUUGGAAAAACAGUGUGUGCGUGAAGUAACGGAAUUCCUGAGUACAUUCAAAGAAUCAGAUGUAAAUGAAGUUAAAGACCUAUUUGGUGUCAUAGCAGAAUCCGAGGCAAAAUUCUAUCUUUGAAAAUCUAGGUGGCUUAACCUUGCUCUGUGGCUUAUAUGUUAUACGUUAUUUAUAAGCUUAUGGUUGUGCUCUGUCUAUUGUAGUUUAAAACAAUAGAAAAAACGAAGUAAAAUAUUGACUAUGUUGACAAUGGACCAUAUUUUAAGAACUCGUGAUAUUUGUUUCAGAUUUUAAAUGAGGGGUAUACAUUAAAAUGUUCCAAAAAAAAUUAAGCAAGUCCACGUUGGAAAAAAUGCAUCUGAAUUGCGUGUAUUCUGUUCAUGUGUACGUGUUACUUGGGCUUUCGGCAGUGCUUAUGUGUGAGCGGUUUUGUUGAACAAAUAUAAUAUUUUGUGUCAGAUUUGUUCAAAUGUAGUAGUUCUCAUUGCAGAGUUGUUUUCACAUCUGAUGCUCAUUUAAUUUAUUCAUAUUCUAUAAACUAUAAUACAAGUAUUCAUCUGUGCAGUUCAUAUAUCCAAUGUGUUCAAGUUAUGUCAAGUUUUGUUAUUUAUUUGAGGCCUGUCUCACUGUUCAUAAAUUUCAUCAUGAGUUCUCUCCCUUUACGACGCGUUUUCUUGUAUAGCUGCGAGUCAUUUUUUUGUAAACUUCGGUUUAGCAUAAGGAGGUAUAUGAUAACACGGUCAUUAUAUCAGAGCUAUAUUUAGAAUGUUGUAUUCGUUAUUGUAGAUGUUUACCAGACCGGAUCGUAUUCGGCGCCUCUGGCUAAAUCUAUUAGUGUCGAAUACAAUAUCAGAGAUUAUAACGUUACAUACUUAAGGACAUUAAAACGCCUUGUUCAAGUUUUGCAGUCAUUUCCUACCAAAUAUUUUGAUAUUCUUGUUUAUCAGCGUCAUUGAGUUUGAUCCAGUAUGGUAACUUCUUUUGUGUUCCUUGAAUUGUUUAAGUGUGACAGGUGUCACCUGUGCACGUGUGUCUCGUGCUGUAAUCACAAACAAGUUUCACAGUGCACAUUAAAAAACUGUUAUUACAUAUUGAAGUAAAAGAAAGAAACCAAGAACAAUGAUUUUUUCAAAUUUUGAUUAAAUUCAAGGUUUAUUAAUUAAAUUCAGUUUUGACUUUUAUUGAUAUAAAAGUAAACCUUUGAAAUUCUCAAUUAUUUUAUUGAAACGCUAUAAAACGAAAGAAUUAAACCUAUGUUGGCGUUUUGCAACAUACCAUUGUGCCCUUGGAAAGACAGACCAGUUUAUUUAUUAUUAAACGGCUUCUGACGAAUAUAACUUAAUCGCUAUAUAUCCGAAUAAAACUAAUCCGAAUGCACAUAAGCAUCUUGAGUGGUGGUCACACAUAGUUUAGCAAAGAAAAUAUUCAACCUGAAUAUCUAUUAUAUAUAUUUCAUAAAUGUAUACAUUAAAACAUUUCUUGGAUCAGCUUUUUUCAAAUGCAUGGGUGAGGCGUUUUUGAAGUAUUUUAGUGUACUAUAUUAUUUUGAUGAACUUCUAGAUGACUCGAAUCUGAAGAAAUACUACUGCUAGGGGCCUUCCCCGGUAGCUCUGUAUUCACUACUGCAAGAAUGUUACGUUUUGUGCAAUUAAGUAUUAAUUAAAACAGUUAAAGCCAUUAAUUUACAACAUUAAUUUUAUAAACAAUAAAUUAGCAGGUUUGUCAAUAUAAAGAUGUUACUUUAAUAUCAAAGCACAACAAAAACUAUUAUGACUUUUGAAGGCCGAGACAAUGUGUACAUUUAUUUGUUGUUUAUAUAUUGACUGCCAUUAAUGCAAUUAAUGUUUCCUUCUUUUCACAACAUAACAAUCUGUAAGAACAUAUUUUUAUGUAAUAAAAUGUUUCUUAAGUGUCA